AUGGCUGCUUUGGCAGAGACCGGGUUUAUCCGGUUUUGUCAAGUUCUACAACUCCAGCCAAUGCACCUUAUGGCACUUUUCAUGAUAUGGGUUAUGCUCAAGGCCAAUUUUCAGCAACAGAAAAGCCAUCUGCACAGUGUCUGCACACAAGGAAGAUCCAUUCCAACUCCCAAGGACCAAGAAAAUGAAGGGCCCUAUAUGGCAAUGAUUCUCGAAGGACUCAACAAUGUCUCUAAUAAAUUCAACAAAAUCAUUUGUGUGAUGGAUAUAUUAGCAUAG